AUGGCCGAAGAGGACCCGUUCGCUGAGAUGGACGCGAUGCUCGCAGAGCAAGUGCGCCUACGGGUACUCCCGCCGAAGCAAACGGUCCGCGGGGUGCGCGAGUUCUACCUGACGCACAAGCCGAAGGAGGACGACUAUGGCAAAGAGGAUGGGCUGAAGGCGAGAAUGGCCAAGAUGGACCGCGCGAUGCGCAACACUAUCACGUUGCAGGUGACAAUGUGGAAACCUCGUAAGCGUCCCCUGGGCGGAGUUCGCUGCCCGCACCGGGUUGGCGAAGUCGCCGUCAUUGGCAAGGUCCGCAAGUUGCAGAUGUACCAUUCCCUUCUGCAGGGGCAAGUGGAGGCGGAGGAUUGGAUGGCUGAGCAGGAGCGCGGCCUCUAA